AGAGAGGAAGAGAGAGAGAGAGAGAAGGAGGGAACGGCGGCAGAGACAGACGGAGAGAGAUAGACAGAUAGAAGAGGGUUGGGGAAGGACAAGUAGGUUUCAAUGAGCACCACCUCUCUCCCCCUGCGCAAUCCUGAUCUUCUUUUGUCUCACAAAGGAGAAACAGUGGAGCCCUACUAUCAGGAAACCCUGCUGCACUACACGCCGUACAGGGGCCACCUUCCCACGAUGCAGCGGGAUGAGCUCGCCGUCGGCCGGGAAGAGCUCAGCUACGACCGCGUGUCCACUCUGGAGCGCGCCGAGCGCGUGGCCACGCUGGAACGGAGCACGCUGGGCCGGCGCCUGGACCACGACAGCUACACGGUGGACGUGAGGGCCAGCGACCUACAGCUUCCACCGGCCAGGCCUGUCCACCCCUGCCUCAGCUACCGGACCUGGCUCUACAGCGCCCUCAUCGGGAGCAGUCUGCUGGUCACCACUGGCUUCUCCCUGUACCUGGGGAAUGUGUUCCCUGUGGCCAUGGACUACUUGCGCUGUGCUGCAGGCUCUGGUAUCCCUGCAGCAAUUGUUAGCUUUGCCAUUGCCAAAAACAGACAUGUUGCAGUGUCAGAUUUCCAGGUGAUGUUUGUGUCCUCAUUUGCCGUGACGACCACCUGCCUGGUGUGGUUUGGCUGCAAGCUGGUCCUCAGUCCCUCUGCCCUCAAUAUCAACUUUAACCUCAUCCUGCUCAUCCUCCUGGAGGUGCUGCUGGCCAGCACGGUCAUCCUCUCUGCACGCUCAGCUGAGGACUGCUGCAGCCGCUCAAAGAUGGGGUAUGUUGCACCUAGAAAACCUGUCAAAUUCCCUGCUAGAGUCCUGAAGGCCUACUCUGUGAUUGAGGUGAUCGUGGGGAUCUCCGCCGUGUUUGGUGGCAUCAUCGCUCUGAACAUGGACGCCCUCAUGCCCGGACCCUACCUAUCCGUCACCUUCUUCUGGAUCCUGGUGGCUUGUUUCCCCAGUGCCAUAGCCAGCCAUGUGGCAGCCGAAUAUCCCAACAAGUGUCUCGUGGAGGUGUUGAUUGCCAUCAGCAGUGUGACGUCCCCUCUGCUCUUCUCUGCCUCUGGCUACCUGUCCAGCAGUGUCAUAAGUGUCGUCGAGAUCUUCCACCAGGAAAUUCCCACCUCCAAACAAUCCUAUGACAUCCUCCUGCUGAUCCUGCUGGUGCUGCUGCUGGUGCAGGCUGUUCUGACCGUGUCCACGGUGGUCCACUGUGCCUCCUAUAAGAGCCACAUCCGCCAAGGGGCACCAGAGUGGGAGGACAACCUGCCACCACCCCCACGCCUCUAUGAGGUGCACCCACACUCAUACAUAUAGGCCACAUCAGGCGUCCAAUGGCAGUUUGAGGGAGUUUGAUAAGGACAAGGCUUGGAAGGCUGUAGUGGUGCAGAUGGCCCAGUGACAAGAGAGAAGGAGAGGGAGAGGACAGAAGGACAGCCAGUGGCUUUAUGACAUGACUGAAUGAAUGAGCCAGUGAGUGAGUGAGUGAGUGAAUGUGUGUGUGAGUGAGUGAGUAAGUGAGUGAGUGAGUGAGUGAGUGAAUGAGUGAAUGAGAAUGAAAGUGUGUGCGAGCAAUCUGACAGUGAGAGUCUGUGUGAGGUAGUGAAUGAGUGUGCGAUCCAGUGUGAUCCUUGCAGCGACACAAGUGAGUGAUUGAAUGAGCAUAGAGAUAAAGAGAUUACGGUAUUCCACAGAGCCCAUGUCAGUCAGAAGUGUAAAGAGAUUAAAGUAACACUCGUAGAGCUCCCAUCACAGGGCCUGUGACUGUAGCCCAGCCACACAAUGCUCUCAGAAGCCCCUGCUGUUUGUGUGCAUCCAUACAGUAUCUCUGUGGCCUAACAUUGUACACUAGAAGCUUGAUUAGAACUGAAAGACUUUUUUUCUGUAGCUGAUCCCAGCACAUGAUAUUCCAUAUCAGCCUGUCAUGUUACUAAGAGGCGCAGACAUCGUCUUUCCCGAAUUGUUCAGGCAGAUGGUAUUGCUACUGUUCCAAGCAAGCGUGUGGUAAAGGAAGGGUCAGUGAGUGCCGUUGUACAGCAGUGUCUGCACUGUCUGGUAGAACAAUCUUUUGUGUAUACAAUCUGUAGUGUGAGGGUUCAGGUCUUCCAAAUGUCCUCAGGAAGCCAGGAGUCCUAUCUCAUGAAGCACCACUGCUGUAGUAUGAUAUAGAGAGCAAUAGUAAUGUGCAUGCUACUGACUACUUAGUCAUCUGUGUUUUGUGUAUAUUAGUUAUAUGUUCAGGCCUGCUGAUUUUGUUGUAAUAAUAAAAAUGGCUACUGUUGAACUUUG